AUGGCCCUUGACCCUGCGAAUGCCGGUGAGGCCCCGCCUGCCGCCUCCUCCCUUUCCUCCCGUCGCCGCGCCGUGUACCACGCCCCGUCCGGCAUGCCCCUGCUCGCGCGCCCCCGCGCCUUUCCGCGCGCCUCGCCCGCAUCGCCUGCGUUCGCUGCCGACCGCGGUCAGCGCUUCCCCUGCUCGCACCGUCGCGCCGCCCUGUCCCCUCGCCCCGCCACGCCGCUGCUCCGGCCCCGGCCAUGGGCCACGCGCCGACCCCUUCCUCCCCCUCCCCUGCUGGCCGCGUCGGGCGCUGGCGCCCACGCGCCCGCUCCGGCCCCGUUCCGGCCUCGCCGUGCCCUGGCUUCGCCCAGUGGCCGCGUGCGCGCGGCACAGCCGUGGCUGGCCGGCCACAGCCGCCGCCCCACCCUGGGUCACUGA